UACGCGCCCGCGAAACAAAAGACAGCUGUGUAGGUUUCCUCAUGUACACCUACACGAUCUUCUACAAACUGAUAUCUUUCAGCUAAAUUCGAAUGCAACCCUCUUGAAACAUUUGUAAGAUUUUUCGGUUUUCCAUGAAUUAUGUAGCACCAUAACCGUUAAAAUGACUGAAAAGUCCAGGAUAGUAAAUCAGUGGUGCGUUUACUUCGAGAAAGGAAGAGAUUUCGAUUCCUGGGGACAGCUAGUGGAAGCCGCUGAUGAAUAUUCUAGGUGUGUUUAUUUUGAAUUUUAUCUUAAGCUUAAAUACACUUGUUUGUAGUGUUUUCAUAAGACCAUUUCCCUGGUUACUUUACCAAAAGCAGUUUUAUCGUUCAUUUUGAUAUGGACAGUACUCUCUCAGUGUCGUUUUAUUUUCGUGAUCUUUUGUUGUCGUUGUUGUUUUUUGUUUUUUUCGUACGUUUAUGCAAGCUAGAUUUACAAGAAUUUGUGCUUAAAAGUUUGUGAUAAGAUCUUCGAUAGUUUUAAAUGAAACUCAAAGCAUUGACAGAUUUGAAUCCCCAACUUCUUUAUAAUUCACACUUAUAAUUUUUAAAAUAUCCACGGUGAUAUGCCCACACAGCUUCAUACUGUCCAUUAUUCAUGAAUUUUUAUCUCUGUUUGUAACACUAACACACACAAUAAUAGUAAACAAUAAAAAAAAAACAAUAAUAUUUUAAGCUUAAUUAUUGCAAAUUUGGUCCAAAUUUGGACAACUUCUUUAAAGGAAAAAAUUGGAAUUUUCCCCUUCCCCUCCUCUAUGAAAAAACCUACCAUCCUCACGGGGUGCAGGUAGGAAAGGAAUGCCCCUUAGGCAUGGGGGGAGGGGGGUUGUUUAAAUGUGAGAUAAUGAAGCUGAAACAAGAGGGGGAUAAAAUGUAAUCCAGGGAAAAACUCACACAACUGCCUAUCUUUUUUGCAAACAUUGCUGUGGAUGCAGUAUAAAAAUGUACUGUGAUCAACCUGGUAUCAAGGGGUGCUGUGGAGGGGUUGGCGGGGCCGAGUCCUGAGGGGAGAGUGAGUAGUACCUAGAAAGUCCUCGCUCUUUAGUCUUUGAACUUCCAACCCAACUCUAAAUCUCAUAAGGAUUUAAUACGGGUUUCAGGGUUUUAUUUUUGCAUGUUUUUCUUUUUCUAUUCGUGAAGGCAAUACAAGGCUAAGAUUUUAAAAUAAGAGUCUUUGUGAUAUUUGUUGCUGUAUUUUUCCUAUUCUGUAUCAUGUGGUAACCGUAGCAUAGUAACUUAGACCUGUCAAGUCCCCUGGUCCCGCCUCAAGGUCCCCCGAUUGGCCAGUUGGGAGUUUCCCAUGGCAAACAAUUGACAUAAUCAAUUUUUAAAGAGAAACUAAUGAAAUUUUCCAACUUCCAGAAAUAUUCACAUGGUUGUUUACCAUAAUUUACAAUAAUUAGUAUGCGGAAAAUAUGUUUGGAAAUUUAAAAUAGGGCAGAACUUUUUCAUUCUCAAUUUUUUUUAUCUCCUAGCCCAAAUUAUUCAUGAUUGAGGGCUCGGAGACAGAGGAAAUUGAGAAUCAACCUACGUUAAAAGAUUUUGCCUUUUAUAUUUUAGCAUACAUUCAUAUACUUUCAAGUAUUUAGAUAAUUGACUUAAUGCCAAGACGUAUUUUUUUUUUAUUAUAAGUCUUGCUAGGGAUAUUGGAAAAUAUUGUGCGGCAGGAAAUAACACAUUUGGAGCUGAUCAAAAGGUAAAUGUACAACAGUGAUGAUGAUAUGUUGAAAUUUUGAGUAUCUGCAAACCUCCUUAUCUUAGUGAAGAUCAUAUAUGUUGAGGUUCUGACACAAGAUAGUUACUCCACCCUUGGAAUAAGCCCAACAUUGAAAUUUGUAACAUCUGGUACAAAUUUUGUUGUGGUGCUUAUUUGUGUGUCAACAAGCUUCUCAUUUUCAAAUGAAAAAAAAAAAUGAUUGUAACUUCUUGACAUAGAUAUACAGGUCAUUCAGUAAAAUGAUUAUAAUAAAUAAAAAAGCAACCCAAAUUUGCUCUCAUGUUACAAAAUCUUUAGUAACCCUAAAAUUGAAAUAGGAGUAGAGGCAAAGCUUCCCCUGGGCAGAGAAAUAUUUCCAAGUUCGUAUAUCUUAAGGCUGUUCUCAUACUGAACCCAGUUUGCAUUGAUGAUCAUCUUGUAUAUCUCAUGGUUUUCAAGAAGUAUCAUCCAAGGGUUCAGAGUAAUUUUCUGGACUAUCAGUUGAAAAUAGCUUUGGAAUAUUUUCUUUUUCAGUGCAUACCUCAACAAUUUUCUGUUCUUAAAAAAAUUGCAAACACACAUAAAUUUUGCAAUUGAAUAACCACAGAGAAAACUUUCUUAUCAAUAAGGGCCUAAACAAUAAUUAUGCAGCUAAUUUAGGAUGAAAUUUGUGUAAAUACCUUUUUUUGUGUAAGAUGUUCACUGGUGAUAUGGUCUUUUCUUAAACAGCACAGCAACACAAUAUAAUAUAAUCUAAUUAUCAUUUUUAUCUAAAAACUGGUUUAAACCAGUAUUUUCUAAAAACAUCAUUCAGAUUGGAAUAAUAUACCUGCAUAUUCUUGAUAUCAACUCACCUGAUACUGUUGUCUGAAUCUUGUUUUGCACCAUCCCUAUAAAUUUUAAUUUGCCUUUUGUUAAAUUCAGGAGAGCACAUUGAACAACUGCAUUGUUGCUCUCCUUGACUACAUAUUUGGCCUAAUUAUUUUUUUGGUUUUUUCUCUAGCCACAAUAAUAUUUUAUCAGUGUUCUCUUCAAUUCUUCUUUAGCAAACUUAAAAACUUAAAACUUAAAACAUAUAUUAUUUGCCAUUAUUUUUUAAUACACACUGUGAUGUGAAUGCACGCGAGUCAUGAAAAUAUGUGAAUUUAAAGUUAAGUAAAGGAUAUAAUAAUAUUUACAUGUUAUUUACAUGGGGAUGCAGUCUUCUUCCUUGAAAAAGAAAGGAAGGGCAAGAUAUGCUGAAGCAUAAAUCAUCUUAUUUGAAAUGAACUUUUUACGUGCACCUAGCCCUCUUUAUUCUGUAAUUUAAUAAUAUCAACAUUAUUAUAAUAAUUACUACUAUUAUUAAUAUUAUUAGUAUUAAUAUUAUUAUUAUUAUUAUUAUUAUUAUUAUUAUAAGCUCAAUGUCCCAUAUUUUUUCUUUUAUACACUGUGGCAGUACACAAAUUAUGUGUCAAGUUUAUUUUGAAAUACAGAACUGUAAUGCCAAAUUGCUCAAAAUGCACUAUAAUAUUAUUGCAAGCUUCAAAAAAGAGAAUGCUCAUCCCCACCAUAGUCCUUCAAACGGGGGACAGGGAAGGUUGUCUAUGAAUUCUGGGUGAGUGUGGGUCACAGGGAUCCCUGGGUGUGGCUUUCCUCUGAAAAAUAAUGCAAUGCUGUUAUGAAAUUUGAAGACACCUCUUUAAGUUACCAAAAUCUUGUUCUGUGGGCAUGGCCCAAAUCCAGAGAGGUUUAUGUGCCCAUUUUAAAUCAGCAAAUUACCUGGCAAUCAAGUCAAUAAUAUAGUAAAGAGUGGCCUGCAAUGCCUGUUGAAGAACUAGACUAAUAUAAGUGCUUGAAACAUCAGUUUCUAAAUCUCCCAACAGUGGUCAAUCUAAAUGUAUCAACUCAGUACCACCACAACUCUAUUUUAAUUUGCCAGUCAAUAGUAAUGUAUCAAAAUUUUUUUAAUGUUUAUAUUUACAUGUAUGUACAUUUUAAAUUUUUAUUUGUAUAAUAUUAAAUUUUCUGUUGCAGAAGUUGAUGCUUAAAAUUUCAGUGUGCUUAGAAAAAAGAAGCAAAACACUGCUGUCUACACAGGUAAACCCUUGCUGCCAUACUACAUGAACACCCUUAACAGCAAAAGAGAAUGAAAUCAAGACUGAUGAAAUUCAGUAGAAAUAGUUCUUGAAUUCUAAAGGUAAACAGAACAGCUUGAUAAACUACAGAUAUACAGCUUUUUCUUGCCAUACAUCAAUAGGUGAGUCAGUCUAAACUUGCAUAAAAAGAGUUAGUUUCUGUUGUUGUUGUAGUUAUUAUUAACUAUAGAUAUACUACUUCCGCUUAAGUCUUCUUUUAAGUCAUUCAAAUUUUACCGUUUUUUUACAGUUUAAAGAGAACUGUGGCAUACCUUAAAGUUAAAUUUCUGAUUAUUUACUUUGCAGGCUAAAGAAGAUGAAAUCUCCCUGGAUGAUAUCAAAAAAGUUGGCGACGGUAGGUAAAUAACAAGAUUAUCCUGGUAUAUUAAUUAUUUGUCACAUUGUAAAAUACAAAAAAUGUAAGUUACAUAAUAUUAAUGUAGAAAUGCAGAACUUACCUUAUCUCUAAUUUGCAGUGUUAAGGAAUUUAAAUGAUGGAUGGAGUGGUCCAUUUCCUAUCAGAGUAGAAGAGCCUAAAACAAGGUUUGCCUCAAAUAAUAUUGUUUUCUGUAUCCUUUAUUAUUUAAAAAAUGGAAUAUGCAUUAAUUUUGUCUUUUUCAGUGUGACGCUGGUAUUGAUUUCCUAGCUUAAUCUUAUUUUGAUUUAUCUGACCUACACUAUACUGUACAUGUUCAAUGUUGCUGAGUGCAAGCCGCACUGAUAAUUUAAUACCUGAGCUUUCGCAUGAGGACAUGAUAUCUUCGCACGUCAAAAUAACAUGUUAUCUUCACAUAUGAAAAGAUCACUGUUCCUAUGGCUACAUAAUAAAUUGCACCUUGCAAAGCAAGAAAAAAUAUAUUAAAGUGAAAUGGUUUGGUAUUUCAUUGGUGUUUCUGUAAUCAAUAGAACAUUACAUGACCACUUGGAGAUACAAAAUUUUUCUUCUUGUGUUAAAAAAUAUUUUACUCUUUCACUGCUCUCACUCGCGAAAUAUUUUUUAACACUCGAAGAGAAAUUUUGUAUCUCCACGUGGCCAUGUAACAUCCUCUAUACCCUGAAUGAGUUUUUUAAAUCUUACACAUAAAUUGACAAAAUUAAAAUAACAAUGAAAAUUAUGAACUCCAGCUUGAAUUUCUUUAAGCAUUUUUUAUCAUUGUAGAGGUAUAUCUCACACUCAAGACAGCGUUUCAUCCGAUAUCCCUGACAACUGGAACUCUUUUGGCUGUGCAUCUUUUUUUCUCCUGGUGUCUGGGUACCAAAUUUAACACUUUGCAUCAUCUUUAUUACUAACUUGUGAUUAUUAAAUUCAUUUAACAUUAGCCUGAGUAUCAGACGUUUCUGGAGGAAAUAGGGAAGAGAGAAGAGUGAAGGCCGGGGAUACAGCGACUUCCUCAGCUCUGUCUUCCCUCCUCCCACCUCCUCCCCCACCCUCUAAGUUCUUCUUUCCGCUAACCCCUAAGGAAGGCUUUAUACUCGCGCUAAUUGAACGCUGAUUCUCUACUGGAAUAAUUACCAUGUCAGGUAAAUCAUACCAGAUGUAAUAUAUUAUCUCCAUUUUUAUUUGUAUUAACAGUGGACCUGGUAUAGCAGGAUAUGGAGAGGAAAAUGGAAGUGAAUUUGUCACCUCAGCAGGUGAGCACAUGAGUUCGUAGUGAAAAGAAGUAAGCUUACUUUAUACUUAUACUGAAACUAUUUGUGGUUGUAUUCAUCCACGAAUGAAUGAACAGGAAAAUAUGGCUACCUUUUUUUUACAAGUUUAGCCAUUGUACCCCGAGAGGAAAACUGGUUUUUAGCUGGUUUCCAAAACUGGCCAGAAUGCGUUGACUUUAAGUUACUCGUGCCUUUACAAAGCAGUUCGUCUAGGACUAAUUCUUCAAAAUUCCAAACAAGAGGGGACGUCGAUAACGAAUGUGUCGUCCACGCAUGUAUAAUCAAGAAGAGGUAAUUUUGGCACUUGCUUAACAUACAAAACCGUUCUCCCAGUGAGAAAUAUCCUCGAGAGUAACGAGGGACUUCUUGACAUAUAUUUAUUUGUUACAUUUUUUAUCUUCCCAUCCAAUAGUUAUAUUUCCUUUCACUGAUUAAACUUUUGCAACAAGAAACUGAAUUGCUUUCGUUGCUUUGCAGCCGAGGGAGGGUCGUUGUUGCCAAGGAUACCAUAUGAAGAGGGAUUUCAUCGUUUUGUUGUGCGAAUAGACCGGAUCGGUCUAAAAGAUACGCAUGUUUACCUAAAUCCUUUCAUCACUGUCUCUGUUAAAGGUACUGAUAAAACUUUUCGCUUCUUAGACAACUGACAUUUGCAAUCAUGUAUAGAAAACGCGAACAUUGCGAUAUUGUGAAGUGUGCGUUAUACUGCGUUUUUCGUUAUAGUACAUGUGAAACGAGCGUGAAUUACGUGCAAGUUUCAACUCAGUUCCUCUACUAGAAAAGUGGCGGGCUUCCAUUCUAUAGAGCUUGAAAUUUUGUCAGCCAGGAAAACGUUUUCGUCUUUGUCACCGGCCGGUAUGUUAUCUUCUGAGCAAGAAUAGAGUGAACCUAAAGCCUUAAUUCCGUUGACCUGUGAAGGGAAAGCGCCCGUGAAGGAAGCAAGCUGAAAUAACCAGAUCAUUUCUUUUCUCCACCAACUAUUUUUUUUCCUUAACUAUCCCGUCCCUGAUAAGAGGCGCUUAAUUGAAAUAUUCACCUUCACUAGACCGUGUCAGAGAGAGACUGAGGCUGAGACUGAGACUGCGUGAGCAGUCUUUCUUUUUAGUGGAGGUUCACCGCGAGACACCAGAAACGAGGGAGUCUCGUCUCGUCUCAGAAAUAAGAGAGACUGCCUGACUUGUUACAUGGUUUUUUUCAUUCCUGCAGACGCUAACAGUGUUAAUGUGACCCCGCCCCAAGAUACACCCAUGUCAAACAGAAAAGAUGGAAAAUACAUCAACUUUGGUUUUGAUGUGGAGAUUCAAAAACCAAUAGAAAAGCUUCCAAGAGGUAAAAGUGAUAAUAAGCUGCGACGGAACUAUUCAAGGUUAACCUGCGUAGCAGACGGCGGUUUUGUAAGGGCGAACGGAGAAAUUUCGUGGACGCGCGUGCGUACUAGAGAGAACGUAAAACCUAACCACAAUACGUAACCAGCGCCUUCUACGCAGGCUAAUUCCAGGCUAACGAACGUGUCUUUCUUUCGAGACGCUGAAAUGGUAAGAAAAUUUUUUUCCUCAUAAUUAAUUUUGUUUUGUUUUAUUCUGUCUUUCGUUCGAAGGUACAGCGAUAUUUUUCGAAUUCAAGCACUACAAACCCAAAAAAGACAUCGUGAGUACGAGAUGUUUCGCAUUCAUGGAACAAGAUGAGUUCAAGCCGGGUCCCGCCUGCAUAGAACUGUAAGUAGGCAGGCUUUGCUUAUAAACGGCGAAGUUGUUGAUUUUUUUGUGGGUCUACUGGUUCCGUGCACUACGACUCGCCCCUCAUUAGGGCUCACGAAAUACGCGAGCGCGCGUAAGAUUCGCUGCCCGCGAUGACAGGCUACACGCGGUGGAAGGAGAGAAAUGAGAGACCUUUGUUUUCUCUUCUUCCUCUGUCUCGCCAACGAGUUCUCCCUUUCCUAUUUUUGCUGUGUCUCCUGUGUCUCGCGGCGAUUUUCACCCGCGCUCGCGUACUUUGUGCAUCCUAUUAUCCCUGAGAAAGUCUGUUCCAGAAGUUUAGAUUGUGGACAGUGGCGCGAAAUCCCCCUCUCGCCGCCCCAUCUUUGCUAACUUCUCUUUGUGCACUGCACACUAUCUCAAUCCCUGGAAAAGGCUGUCUCUGAAGAUAGUGAAGGACCGCUCGUAUUUUACUGAAUCUGCUAGCUUUCAAUUAACAAAGCUAACCGGAUUAACAUGUUCUUUUAGGUAUCAGAAGCCAACAGACUUUCACCGCAAGAGGUUAAAUCUGUUGACGCAAAAACCGCUUUAUCUUCAUGUCACACUCAACAUUCUUGAUGAUUAGCUCUAAAAACCGUUGCACAGAAAGCGAUUAAACAUGCCACGGCACUCCAAGGAAUCAUUUCGGAUAUUAUUGAUACUUCUGGUUAGAAAGAACUAAGUAAUUCAGCUCUGAAAAUGGCUUUCAGACAUUAUUCUUAGACUUCACAUGUAAUAGAGCAUUACAGUUAUACGAAACUGAAAACUAUAUCUUAGAGAUUAUUUUACUUUGUAAAUACAUUACAAAAACGUGACCAAUACGCUCUUCUCACUUAUGGUAAUAUGCCCGUCUAACCUCGUUUACGGGUAAAAAUUCUUUUGAAAUUCAGAUACGAAAACGUCGUCUGAUUAGCAUUUCAAAGGACUUUUUACUCAAAAACGAGGUUAGACGGGCAUAUUACCAUACGUGAGAAGAGCGUAUAGCGGAGAUUUUAAAGAAAUUAUAGCAGUAGUUGAUAUUGGGGAAGGGUCAGUAGUUAUACGAAGUAGAUAUUUUUAAAAGAACUUUUGCGGUAGUUGCACCUUUAGCUAAGAGUUCAUCAAACAAUUUUCUUGACUGUUGCUCAAGAGAUUGCAUUUAUUAUACAGUGGAAACCCCACAUUUCCAACCUUCCAAGUAACACAGCACUGGAUUAGCGCGGAAAACUACGGCAAAAGAACAGUGCUUAUCCAGGAACGGCAAACAAGUCCAUGGAAUUUCUACUCAGCUGCCUAUAAAUUAUAAAUUGCGGGUGGGUUAAACUCGUAGGUGAUUUAAAUAGUGACCUAUUGCUUCUUUAAAACGUAUAAUACGUCUGAGUCGCCAACUUGUUUGUUAUGCUAAAUCUGUAAAUAAAUAAAUAAAAGAAUAAAUAAAUAACAUGGAAGGGCGUAAAAUGACGUUUCCAAACGUCAGAAUUCCACUGUAUUCCUCACAAUUUAAAGAGAGGGGUGUCAUGCUGAUAUUAAGGCUCUGCUGAUCAAUUUCACCACAGAUUGACAUGAUUCGAUAGUUAAUUAUAAAAAAAUAUAUAUAACAGCUUGACAUAGAAUUUUUGCAAGUAGGUUUAUUUUAACACAGGUACAUAUGCAGUUAGAGAAAUGAGCCUGUUAACUGUACGGCUGUGGAGAUUACAUGAGUUUUAUUGGGUAAAUUUAUUUGCCUUUAAAUUAUGUUUAUAGAUCGUUUUUGGUCACGUGGUCAGCAAAUUUGUAAAUUUAACAUGUGAAAACAGUUCAAUUCCCACAGAAUUUUUUUGGUAUACAAAUGUGGCCGCUGACUCAUUGUUUUGUGCACAAAUAUGGCCGCCGUGACGUCAUGUGAAAACGACUUAAAGCUGAUUAAAGUUUCAGGCAAACACUCAAAGUAGUAGAGUAACUUUAAAUGAAACUAAGCCGUUAUCUUUCUGUU